GUUAUUGGCGUUAAGUGCAAAGUUCCUGGCGGUGAAGACAAGGUUUCCUGGCGGUGAGCACAAGGUUCCUGGCGGUGAGGACAAGGUUGCUGAAGUUUAGGAAAAGGUUCCUGCCGGUGAGGGCAGGGUUCCUGGCGGUGAGGACAAGGUUUCCUGGCGUUGACGACAAGGUUCGUGGCGGUGAAGGCAAGGUUCCUGGCGCUGAGGAAAAGGUUUUUGGCGUUGAGUACAAAGUUCCUGGAGGUGAGGACAAGGUUCCAAGCGGUGAGGACAAGGUUCCUGGCGGUGAGUACAAGGUUCCUGGCGCUGAGGAAAAGGUUAUUGGCGUUAAGUGCAAAGUUCCUGGCGGUGAAGACAAGGUUUCCUGGCGGUGAGCACAAGGUUCCUGGCGGUGAGGACAAGGUUGCUGAAGUUUAGGAAAAGGUUCCUGCCGGUGAGGGCAGGGUUCCUGGCGGUGAGGACAAGGUUUCCUGGCGUUGACGACAAGGUUCGUGGCGGUGAAGGCAAGGUUCCUGGCGCUGAGGAAAAGGUUUUUGGCGUUGAGUACAAAGUUCCUGGAGGUGAGGACAAGGUUCCAAGCGGUGAGGACAAGGUUCCUGGCGGUGAGUACAAGGUUCCUGGCGCUGAGGAAAAGGUUAUUGGCGUUAAGUGCAAAGUUCCUGGCGGUGAAGACAAGGUUUCCUGGCGGUGAGCACAAGGUUCCUGGCGGUGAGGACAAGGUUGCUGAAGUUUAGGAAAAGGUUCCUGCCGGUGAGGGCAGGGUUCCUGGCGGUGAGGACAAGGUUUCCUGGCGUUGACGACAAGGUUCGUGGCGGUGAAGGCAAGGUUCCUGGCGCUGAGGAAAAGGUUUUUGGCGUUGAGUACAAAGUUCCUGGAGGUGAGGACAAGGUUCCAAGCGGUGAGGACAAGGUUCCUGGCGGUGAGUACAAGGUUCCUGGCGCUGAGGAAAAGGUUAUUGGCGUUAAGUGCAAAGUUCCUGGCGGUGAAGACAAGGUUUCCUGGCGGUGAGCACAAGGUUCCUGGCGGUGAGGACAAGGUUGCUGAAGUUUAGGAAAAGGUUCCUGCCGGUGAGGGCAGGGUUCCUGGCGGUGAGGACAAGGUUUCCUGGCGGUGACGACAAGGUUUGUGGCGGUGAAGGCAAGGUUCCUGGCGCUGAGGAAAAGGUUUUUGGCGUUGAGUACAAAGGUCCUGGCCGUGAGGACAAGGUUUCAAGCGGCGAGGACAAGGUUCCUGCCGCUGAGGAAAAGGUUUUUGGCGUUGAGUACGAAGUUCCUGGCCGUGAGGACAAGGUUCCAAGCGGUGAGGACAAUGUUCCUGGCGCAGAGGAAAAGGUUUUUGACGUUGAGUACAAAGAUCCUGGCAGUGAGUACAAGGUUUCUGGCGGUGAGGACAAUGUUCCAAGCGGUGAGGACAAGGUUGCUGGCGCUGAGGAAAAGGUUUUUGGCGUUGAGUACAAAGUUCCUGUUGCUGAGGACAAGGUUCGCGGCAGUGAGGACAAGGUUCCAAGCGGUGAGGACAAGGUUCCUGGCGGUGAGAACAAGGUACCUGGCGGUGAACACAAGGUUCCUGGCGGUGAGAACAAGGUUCCAAGCGGUGAGGACAAGGUUCCUGGCGGUGAGGACAAUGUUCCUGGAGGUGAGGACAAGGUUCCUGACAGUGAGGCCAGGAUUCCUGGCGCUGAGGACAAGGUUCCUGGCAGUGAGGACAAGGUUCCCGGCGGUGAAGACAAGGUCCCUUGCGGUAAUGACAAGGUUCCAAGCGGUGAGGACAAGGUUCCUGACGCUCAGGAAAAGGUUUUAGGCGUAGAGUACAAAGUUCCUGGCGGUGAGGUCAAGAUUCCUGGUGGUGAGGACAAGGUUCCUGGCGGUGAAGACAAGGUUCCUGGCGGUGAGGACAACGUCCCAAGCGGUGAAGACAAGGUUGCUAACGCUGAGGAAAAGGUUUUUGGCGUUGAGUACAAUGUUCAUGGCGGUGAGGACAAGGUUCCUGGCGCAGAGGAAAAGGUUUUUGGCGUUGAGUACAAAGUUCCUGGCAGUGAGGACAAGGUUCCUGGGGUAAAGACAAGGUUCCUGGCAGUGAGGACAAGUUUCCUGGCAGUGAAGACAAGGUUCCUGGCGGUGAGGAAAAGGUUCUUGGCGUUGAGUACAAAGUUCCUUGCGGUGAGGACAAGGUUCCUGGCGGUGAGAACAAGGUUCCAAGCGGUGAGGGCAAGGUUCCUGGCGCUGAGGAAAAGGUUUUGGGCGUUGAGUACAAACUUCCUGGCGGUGAGGACAAGGUUCCUGGCGGUGAGGACAAUGUUCCUGGCGGUGACGACAAGAUUCCUGGCGGUGAGGCCAACGUUCGUGGCGGUGAGGACAAGGUUCCUGGUUGCGAGGACAAGGUUGCUGGCGGUGAGGACAAGGUUUCCUGUUGGUGACGACUAG